AUGGCGGGAAAGUCUGACGCAGUUUCGAUCCACGUUCCGUACAAGAAUCUAAGGAACGCUUCUUCCGCCGCCGCCGAGGUCGAACUCGUCGGCUUAGAUGAACCUCGUCACCAUAUCGACCUCAAUUCGCCGCGCUCCGAUCAAUUACCGCCGAAAAGUAGCGCCUCCAUUGUUCACCUCGUUCUCAGUUGCACCGUCGCUGCCGGUGUUCAGUUUGGUUGGGCUUUGCAGCUUUCUCUUCUCACACCUUACAUUCAGACGUUGGGAAUAGGACAUGCGUUUUCUUCAUUUAUUUGGCUUUGUGGCCCCAUUACAGGCCUCGUGGUUCAACCCUGUGUUGGUAUUUGGAGUGAUAAAUGUACUUCAAAGUUUGGGAGAAGACGUCCAUUCAUUCUUGCAGGAUCACUUAUGAUCUCCUUGGCUGUGAUACUGAUCGGGUUUUCUGCAGACAUUGGAUAUGUAUUAGGGGAUACACAUGAGCAUUGCAGUACAUUUAAAGGGACUCGAACAAGGGCUGCUGUUGUAUUUAUUCUUGGGUUCUGGAUGCUGGACCUUGCCAACAACACAGUGCAGGGUCCAGCUAGAGCACUUUUGGCAGAUCUAUCAGGUCCAGAUCAACGCAAUGUAUCAAAUGCUGUCUUUUGCUCAUGGAUGGCAGUGGGAAACAUUCUAGGAUAUUCUUCUGGUGCUAGUGGAAAGUGGAACAAAUGGUUCCCUUUCUUAACAACUAAUGCUUGCUGUGAGGCCUGUGGCAAUCUUAAGGCAGCAUUUCUUGUUGCUGUGGUGUUUUUGACAUUAUGCACACUUGUAACCCUAUAUUUUGCUGAUGAAGUUCCCCUUACUACUGCAAGUCAACAUCACCGGUUAUCAGAUUCUGCUCCUUUAUUGGAUGAACAACAAAAUGGCAUUGAAUUUUCUAAAUCAAAGCCUUUAUCUAUUAUAAAUGAGUCCAAUGGCGAGACAAGAGAAGAUCAUUCUGAGGAAGUUGUAAACCUGAAGCAUGAGAGUUUCAAUGCCGGGGAAGAUGAUAAAGAAAUUUUAAUGGAUGGGCCUGGAGCAGUAUUGGUUAACUUGUUAACAAGUUUAAGGCAUUUGCCACCUGCUAUGCAUUCAGUGCUAGUUGUAAUGGCUCUCACUUGGUUGUCAUGGUUUCCCUUCUUUCUGUUUGAUACGGAUUGGAUGGGGAGAGAGGUUUAUCACGGGGAUCCAAAAGGAACCACUUCUGAAAUAAAUCUUUAUGAUCAAGGUGUUAGAGAAGGUGCAUUUGGUUUGCUAUUGAAUUCUGUUGUGCUUGGAAUUAGCUCUUUUUUAAUUGAACCAAUGUGUAAGUGGAUGGGGGCAAGAUCAGUAUGGGCAGUGAGCAAUUUUGUUGUCUUUGUUUGCAUGGCUGGCACUGCUAUCAUUAGUCUAAUUUCUGUCCACGAUUAUACUGGGGGAAUAGAACAUGCAAUUGGAGCAAGUGAAGGAAUCAAGGUUGCUUCCUUGGUUGUGUUUAUUCUGCUUGGAUUUCCACUUGCGAUUACCUACAGUGUUCCAUUUGCUGUUACAGCAGAAUUGACUGCUGAUUCAGGUGGUGGCCAAGGAUUGGCUAUAGGAGUUCUAAAUCUUGCAAUUGUUGCUCCUCAGAUGAUUAUAUCCCUUGGUUCUGGUCCAUGGGAUGCUCUCUUUGGCGGUGGCAAUAUUCCUGCCUUUGUUUUGGCCUCCGUCUGUGCUCUCGUCGGUGGCAUUUAUGCAUUUCUAAAACUGCCAAAUCUUUCUAGCAAUUCCUUCAAGUCAUCCGGAUUUCAUUUUGGCUAG